UCCUUACCAUGCCGAAGUCUGCCACUAGGUGGCAACCGCUGCUCUCUUUUGAAACACCUCCGUGUGGAGUCGAGUUUGAAGCGAGGUGUUUUUCUCCUCCUCCAAAACCUGCGAUAAGCCGUUUUCCAAUGAGAGCAGGUGGAAUUCCCCCAUUCAACCAAUGGCGCUCUGUUCUCGCCACGAUCCUUUCGGGAAGGAUGUGUGGGCUCGGCGAUGGCGCUGCUGUGAAGUUGGUGGAAACGGGCAAGCCCAGGAAGCAGGAUUUGAACACUACUACACCAGCUAAAGGUUAGGACCAUCAGCUCGAGUGGGAACAAGUCAGUAGAUGAGUCAUAUUUGGGUAACACAUGCACCUUUCCGACAAGGAAAUACACCGAAGGAAGAUACUUCAGCGACGGCGGAUAUAAGAUUGUGAUUUUUUCCCCAAAGUUGCUCUGCGUGUAUGAGAAAUAAAGUGACCUCCGGCUAAAAACAGGCAUGAGUUAGAUCGAGUCCUGACACCCCUCGAUCUGUCGACUUGCCCGUUUUUUGUUUUCAACUGAGGUGAAAGACGCGUCGAAAAGAGUCAUCAUGCCUGCCAAAACAAAGUAUAAUUUAGUCGAUGAUGGACACGAUUUGCGGAUUCCUUUACACAACGAGGACGCAUUUCAGCAUGGGAUUAAUUUCGAGGCAAAGUAUAUCGGUAGUCUGGAUGUGGCUCGUCCUAACAGCCGUGUGGAGAUUGUUGCGGCCAUGAGGCGGAUAAGGUAUGAAUUUAAGGUGAAGAAUAUCAAAAAGAAAAAAGUCAACAUCUUCGUGUCCGUGGACGGAGUAAAAGUAGGACUUCGGAAAAAGAAAAAGAAAAAAGAAUGGACCUGGGAUGAAAGCAAGAUGAUGGUGAUGCAGGACCCAAUUUACAGGAUAUUCUACGUAUCACACGACUCUCAAGAUCUGAAGAUCUUCAGUUACAUAGCAAGAGACGGACAGAGCAAUGUAUUCCGCUGCAACGUCUUCAAAUCAAAGAAAAAGAGCCAAGCCAUGCGGAUAGUCCGAACGGUGGGUCAGGCCUUUGAGGUUUGUCACAAACUCAGUCUGCAGCACACCCAGCAGAAUGCAGAUGGCCAGGAGGACGGCGGCGGUGACGGUGACAAGACCUGCACCGACUCCGGAGUACCAGGGCGGGAACUGACAGGGGCCGAAAAGCCAGCUGCAGAAGAGACGGACAUUGAUGCAGAGGAGCUGCCCCUCCCCGACAGCACAAUGGAUGAGUUCAAUCGCGGGGUCACGGACCUGGAUGCUGCCAAAAAAGACGAUCUCACCAAGGACAAGAAGCCCUCUGAGGAGCCCAACAUCCUGCUGGCUUCCCCCAAGCUGCUGCUUCCCUCGGGCAGUCAGCUCACAGCCGGCACCCCGCUGUCUGUACACCACCAGCUUCAGCUUCUCCAGCAGCAGCUCACACAACAGCAGCAACAGACGCAGGUGGCCGUGGCUCAGGUUCAUCUGCUGAAGGAUCAGCUUUCCGCAGAGGCCGCGGCGAGGAUCGAGGCCCAGGCUCGGGUUCACCAGCUCCUGUUGCAGAAUAAAGACCUGCUGCAGCAUAUUUCUCUUCUGGUCAAACAGGUUCAGGAGAUGGAGCUCAAACUGGCUGGAAACGGCUCGAUGGGAUCUCAAGACAGUUUACUGGAAAUCACCUUCCGUGCCAACGUGCCCCCUGUGCUGUGUGACCCCACCACCCCUAGACCAGAGGACGGCAUCCUUUCUCCGUUCAACGAUGGGACGCAGCUAUCCCUCCCACUAGGCAGUCCUAUAGUGGACCAAGGCAUGUUUGAGAACUCAAACGCUUCAGAACAGUCGAAGCAGAAUUCUCGCUCCGUCACUCCAGCGGGCUUCACAGACACAUCUGCCCUAGCAGCGUCAAAAACAGGGGGCAGCCAGCACCUAAAAAAUGCCCUCAACUUGGGCAAAGCCAUGGGGGCGAAGGUGAACGACCUGCUGCGCAGAAAAGAUCCCAACAGCCUCGGAGACAUCGGGGUGACGGAGGUCAAUAAGAACGUGGAGGCAGUUUGGUCCAGUCUGACUGAAAUUGGUCUCAGUUCGACAGGGAACAGUCACAUCUCUCUGGAUUCCUUCCCUCGGCUCGAUCCCCCUCCUCCCAGCAAAAAGCGUCUGCCGCGUGCCCUAAAGACCACCCAGGACAUGAUGAUAUCUUCUGACCCUGUGGUAGCCUCCCCAGACUCCUCCUUCAACUCUUCACCUGACAAGACUUCUCUCAUCUCCAAAGAUAAAGCGCAUCUUAAAUCUGAACCGGGCCCUGAUGAAUCCGACCUAGAGAAGCCUUCAGAACCCGACGACCGCAUCGACAACCAGAUGGAAAAGAAUCCUAGUUUUGAGCUAAAUAAUGAGCUCGUGGCUGUGGUGAUGAAUGACUUAAGAGAGAAAACCGCUGAAGACGGAGAUCAGUCGCAGCUGUUGCUAUCAGUUCCGGAUCUCAUUCAUAAGGACAAUCUGGACUCAAAGCAGAAGCUUGCCGGCUCAGAAAUAAGAUUGGCUUCCACCCCGUGUCCAGGAAAAGGGGGUUGUCGCAUCAGCGUCGGGGAGGAACUGAUGGGGAAUGGUGCAGUGGAUUACCGGACCCUCAGUUUGGAGAAUGAGGAAUCCCACCCUGAUCUGCUCUCAUUUGAAUAACAUGGAUGGCAUUUACUCUUCUUUACGUUCGUUCAGAAGACAACAUCUGGAACACAAGGAAAUGGCCUGGCUGGGUUACGUUUAGGUUGUUUGGUCCGAUGGUCUCCAAACUAUUGAACACUCUAAAACUUUCUAAACCGGAGGAGACCACCUUAGGCUGGUUCAAGUUUCUUUAUAGCAAGUUGAUUUUCAAGGCUUUUAAAAUCAUUUAAUUGAACAGACAGGUUAAAGUGCCAUGAAUCUGUCCAGAAAAAAACACACUUUUGUACAUUUCAUAGUUUAACUUUAUAGUGAACUACCACUGAUUUUGUAGCUGUAAUUAUAACAAAUAAUGAAUCGCUAUUUUUUUAAUCGUAGUAUCAUAAUCAAUUUUAAAGACUUUUAAAGUGUUCGUGGACCUGUAAAAAACAAGAUAAAUCAAAAAAUAACAGAAACCAAAGUCAAUAUAUUACUGUAAUACCUCCAAAGCUGCUGUAUCUCUGCAGUUUUCUAUGCAGUUUCAUACAGUCAGCGAGCAGCAUUUCAUUUCUUAUAUUUUAACUGUUUUAAUAUUUUUUAAAUCAUGACACUAUAGCUUACCUUAUAGUUUACUACAUGUUUUUGACUUUAGUUCAGAAUUGGGCUUAGACUUCAUAAUCACCGCCAAUACGAGCACAUGCACAACUGACUCGAAGCUUUAUGGACCUAAGGCUAGCAGUCCGUACUGCUUCCUUAUUGUUUUGACUGAGAAAUUCCUCCUUUAAAGGGACACGGUGACCUCUAGAUAACAGUCGCAACAGAAAAUAUAAGCAUAUUUCUUUGCAAGAAGUGCCAUGGUGGUAAUCAUCAAGGUGAUGAUGGCUCUGGGAAUGGCAGUAAUGAGUUUGGGUCAACGUGAAGGUAUGCAGAAGGGUUCUGAUAUUCCCCGGAAUGCCAUAACACAACAGUAAUCUCAAUUCUCGCUCUCUUGUUUGUGUAGACAGCCUGACUCCCGUGACAUUCUCUCGGGGCUGCUCUUUAUCCCAGACGAGAGAAUUCAGGUCCACAGCAAACAAUGAAGCUAUUUACACUUUCGUUAUUUAUGGAUAUAUAUCGCCAUAUUACAUAUAUGUACAUGUUGAUCAUAAUGCUGCAAAUCUUGCACGACUGCGAUUAAAUAGCCGUUAUGCAUUGUAUGUCAUAUUACCAGGUAGGUAUGAAAGGUUAUUGAAGGUAUUGAGCAAGUUUAGGUGAAAAAAAAACGUGUGUGUAUGAUGUGUUGCAUUGGCAUCAUAACGUUAACUAAUAUGCAGGCGCUUUAUGAAUGUGUUUUAGUUUGGUUACACUACUACUGUGAUGCAAUAUGUAUUUUUGUGUAAUAUGCAUAAUGCAUAAUGAUUUGACUUGUAUACAAACACUAAAAUGAGAUUAAUGUAGAGCGAAGUAGAUAUUUCUUGGACCACUGGAUCACAGAUAUGAAGAGUAUUUAAUGUAAUCUUCUAUGAUGCCUACUGUAUGUGUACAUGUGGUGGGAAGACGGAUGUUUAAAAAAUAUUUAUCCUGCAUUGUUUUAGCCAUUUUUACUAUAUUCUUUUGAAAGGUUGAGAAGAUUCACAAUGAGAAUGAAGAUGAUUAUUCUGUACGAUGAUUUAUGCAUUUCUCAAUGUUCAGUGGUCCCGUCGUUUUUAGUUCAUUUUACAAAGUAUGAAGGAAAACGCAUGUAUAUGAAGGUCUUAUGAGAGCACUGAAUGUUUUUAGGGAUGUCAAGUGAUCGAGCUGGCUUUAUUCAAGUGGUUGUUCAUUAUGCACAUUAUGUCUGACACCGUUUGGGUCUUUGGUGCCUGCAUUUUCAAUAAAUGGUUUUAUGCAAACUUUUAUUUCUUUUUCUUUUUG